CACCUUCUCUGUUUCUAUCUAUGUCUCUCUCUUUCUACCCAUUUACGAUCAUUGCAAACUACCUUAUCGGUUGACAAGAUCGAUCCAUCGAUCAAUUGCCCUUUGAAGAUCAUUCUGCCAUACAGAAAAAAAAAAGUAGAAAAAAAAAAUGAUCACUGUCGAAAAGUUCAUUGGAGCAGAAUUAAUUUGAACUCGUUCUUUUUUCGAGUGAACAAAUCACUCGUCUAUGAGCGGAUAAUAUUGCUAAAUAUUGUGCAACGGAGACAGAGUUGUCGUUCGCUUGAAAAAGUAACGUCGACAGUCGACGUUGAAGAAGAAAUUUAGGUGUCAACGGAAAGGUUAACAGGAAAGAGGGACAGUAAAUUGCAGCAAAUAUGCCGGCCCCAACGUCAGCUGAAGCGCAUGGCGAGACAGGCCCGCCGAGAACGGAACUGCAGGAAUUGCAAAUGAAAUCACAGCAAACGGCAGAUGAGUCGCUGGAAAGUACGAGACGAAUGUUGGCAUUAUGCGAGGAGAGCAAGGAGGCCGGCAUCCGUACUCUGGUCGCACUCGAUGACCAGGGAGAACAAUUGGAUCGAAUCGAGGAGGGAAUGGACCAGAUCAAUGCUGAUAUGCGAGAAGCUGAGAAAAACCUGACAGGAAUGGAAAAAUGCUGUGGACUUUGUGUACUUCCUUGUAACAAGGGUUCGAGCUUCAAAGAAGAUGAGGGCACGUGGAAGGGAAACGACGAUGGAAAAGUGGUGAACAAUCAACCACAACGAGUGAUGGAUGAACGUAAUGGUCUUGGACCACAAAGUGGCUAUAUCGCAAAAAUUACUGGUGAUGCUCGUGAAACAGAAAUGGAGGAAAAUAUGGGUCAAGUGAACACAAUGAUCGGCAACUUGAGAAAUAUGGCAAUCGACAUGGGUAGCGAAUUGGAAAACCAAAAUCGUCAAAUCGACAGGAUCAAUCGCAAGGGCGAAUCGAACGAGACGAGGAUACAAGUGGCGAACGAGCGAGCCCAUCAGCUGCUCAAAUAAAAAUACUUCCAUGGAAAAAUAAUUUGUCAGAACUUCUACUUCGAGUUACUACUACUUACACCCCAUUUUUUUCCAUUAUCGUCCCUUAUACUUACUUAUCGUCUCAGUGUCUACCUGUUCACUUACGUGCUAUUUGCAUAUUUACUUAAUAGUUAUCUCUACAUCAUUAUUUGCUGGCGCAUCGUCUCAAAAAAAAAUUUUUGUCGACAGCUUCUUAAUUGCUGAAAUAAUAACGAAAAGAUUCCUUCCUCUCUUUAGAAAAAAAAAAAAAAAUUAAAUUCUUAAAAUUUUCGAAAAAAAAAUGGAAUCAAAAAAUCAAAAAGGGAAAAUGCGCUCGCAAAUAUCGUCCAAGACCUUUGAAGAACUGUUUAAAUAAGGCCAAGAAUUUUUUUUCUUUUUUUCUUAAUAAUUUUCCGAUCUUACGCUGGUCGUACAGAUUCAAUUUUGAAUCUUUAUAUCAAUCAAGGGCCUAUAUUUCAUCCUUCAUAUUUAAACAGUCCUCUCGAAUCGUCGAGUAUUAAAAAAAAAAAAAUCGUUUCGAGUCCAAAAAAGAACUUCACUUUUUAUCUCUAAAAAUAAUAAUAAUAAAUUUCCGUUUUUUCCUACUAUUAAAUACGUAAAUUUUUUGAAAAACGUGCAUUUUUUCGGAAACAUAAAUAAAAAUUCUAUUUUUCUAGGAAAUCUUUUUUCCCAAAUAUUUCUAAAAGUGAAGUUAUAUAUAUAUAUAUAAAAAUAUUUAUAAAAAAAAAAAAAAAAAAAUAGGAUUCGGAACGAAUUGUUUGAAAAGCAAUAUAUUUAAAACUUUGGUCCCUUUUAGAUAAUUCGUUGAAACAAUUUUCAAAUCUUUGUAGGUUCGAGAAGGUCUUAUAAAUAUUUUAGAGAUCUCGUUAAUUAAAGACCAUUGUCGGCGAACAACGAUUAUUAAAGUACGCAUAGCGUCCAGCGAUCGUCACUGAUUCACAAAAAAUCAAAAUUUCUAUAUUUUUAAAAUUCGACAUUUUUUUUUUCCAAUGAAAUGUUUUUUAAUUUUAAAAAAAUUAAUUUUUUUUCAUCAUUUUUAAAAAAUAAAACGUUUUUAAUAGAAGCAUUAUAGAACAGUGACGUCGCUUUUUACUGUUUCCAUUUUUCAUCUUGAGGAUUUUUCGACCCCGGAGCGAUUCGUCAAGCGAAUACGUUGGAGGGGCGGUUGGCUUUGUAAGGCGAAUUUGAUAGGCUUGUUAAAAAAAAAAAAUUAAACAAAAAAAAUAAAUAAAUAAAUAAAUUAGAGGAACGCGUGUAGGAUUUUAGAAUUUUGCCUGCGAUUCCUAUGAUGAAUAUUUACACCGAAUUGUGCUGGGGUUUCCCAAAAGAUAAAAAGAAAGAAAAAGGAAUUUUUAUUAUUUCACAGCGAAUAUUAGCAAAAAAAGAAAAAGAAAAAGCUCGGAAAAAAAAUUGUAAUUUAUUGUUUCUUUGCAAAAAUAAUUACUUCUCUUAAAACUACGUUUACUUUGAAAUUUUGUCGCCUUUUAGUUAUGUAGAUAUCUCUUCUACGAAUUUUUGUAGAACAGAAUGACGAAUUGUAAAAAGUCAAAAACGAGAAUGGAGUGACGAUCGACGAGAGUUUUAACUUACAGGCUCAUUUUUUUUUUUUGCAAAAAAUUCUUGUCAUUUUUUUUAAAAUUAUUUUACAUUUUUAAAAUAAAUUUUUCUUUUAUUUGAAAGGUAAAAUAUUUUUUUUAAUUGUGUUUUAUUGUAAUUUUUGAAGCAUUUUUUAUUUAAUAAAAUUUUAAUUUUGUGAAAAAUGAUAAGGGAAAAAAAUUGCCCGGAAGUUAAACUCGAGUCAUUGUAGCGUAGGUAUAUAACUCGCGCGCUUGUGAGCUCGCACUUGAUGCGAUGCCCUCAGGUCACAGUAAGGUUUAACUCCAAGAAUGAAAUAAAAAAAAAAAAAAAAAAAUUGUAUAUUACUGUAUUUACAUAAAAAAAGGCUUGUACAUGUACUGUAGACAAACAAUAUAGAAACGAUAGUGAGAUUUGGCUUUGAAGAGUAAAGGCGUCAAUCUCGUAUUUAAAAAAAAA